UCCUCCCUUUCCCCCGGGCCAGACCCCGCCGCCGUCGCAGCGGCCCGACUCCAAAAUGGCAGCCGCGCACAGCGCGCACCCGAGCGGCCGGACCUCCCUGACUCCCGGGCCUCCCCGCUCUCGCUCCCUGCCUCCCUCCUUCGGCCUUCACCUACACGCCUUUGGAUUGGCCGUUAGGAAUCCCGCCCCUCCAGAGCCCCGCCUGCUAUUGGUCACGCACACCUCUGGAAAUGGAGCUCUUCGGUCAGCCUGGAGGAGUCUUGGAAGACUUGACAGAGAAGAUGACACUUGAACUGAGACUUGGCAAAUAAGUACAGCGUUUUGCCAGAGGGAAGUGGACACUGCCAAUAGUAGAGGGCAUGGCUUCUCCUUUUCAAUAAUGCCUCAAAAUUGAUCACACUGAGAGAACACAGUUAUUUAAAAGAAGGAUUGAAGAGUGACCACUCAGAAUUCUCCUUUUUAGAGAAAGACUCUUUAUAUACAUAAAUACAACCCAUUGGUUAUGUUAUUUUUCCAGGGCGAGGAGGGAAGAUAUGGAAUUUUUACAAGUGAUUGACCUGUAAGGUUUAGACUGCCAGAUGAGUAGAGCGGCAGUUAGUUGGUCUUAUAAUCAAUGGAUAAAGUGGGGAAAAUGUGGAAUAACUUCAAAUACAGGUGUCAGAAUCUCUUCAGUCAUGAGGGAGGAAGCCGUAGUGAAAAUGUGGAUAUGAACUCCAACAGAUGUUUGUCUGUCAGAGACAAAAACAUCUGUAUAGGAGACUCAGCUCCUCAGCAACAAAGCAGUCCCUUAAGAGAAAAUGUUGCCUUACAACUGGGGUUAAGCCCUUCAAAGAAUUCUUCGAGGAGAAACCAAAACUGUGCCACUGAAAUUCCUCAGAUUGUUGAAAUAAGCAUUGAAAAGGAUAAUGACUCAUGUGUCACUCCAGGAACAAGACUUGCAAGAAGAGAUUCCUACUCUCGACAUGCUCCUUGGGGUGGGAAGAAGAAACAUUCCUGUUCUACAAAGACACAGAGUUCACUGGAUACUGAUAAAAAGUUUGGUAGAACUCGAAGUGGACUUCAAAGGAGAGAGAGGCGAUACGGUGUAAGCUCUGUGCACGACAUGGACAGCGUUUCCAGCAGAGCCGUAGGAAGUCGCUCUCUGAGACAGAGGUUGCAGGAUACUGUGGGCUUGUGUUUUCCCAUGAGAACUUACAACAAGCAGUCAAAGCCCCUCUUUUCUAAUAAAAGAAAAAUACACCUUUCUGAAUUAAUGCUUGAGAAAUGCCCUUUUCCUGCUGGCUCGGAUUUGGCCCAAAAAUGGCAUUUGAUUAAACAGCAUACAGCCCCUGUGAGCCCACAUUCAACAUUUUUUGAUACAUUUGAUCCAUCCUUGGUUUCUACAGAAGAUGAAGAAGAUAGGCUUCGAGAGAGAAGGCGGCUUAGUAUUGAAGAAGGGGUUGACCCCCCUCCCAACGCACAAAUACAUACGUUUGAAGCCACUGCACAGGUUAACCCGUUAUAUAAACUGGGACCAAAGUUAGCUCCUGGAAUGACUGAAAUAAAUGGGGACAAUUCUGCAAUUCCACAAGCUAACUGUGACUCUGAAGAGGACACAACCACGCUAUGUUUGCAGUCACGGAGGCAGAAGCAACGUCAGGUAUCUGGAGACAGCCAUGCCCACGUUAGCAGACAGGGAGCUUGGAAAGUUCAUACACAGAUUGAUUACAUACACUGCCUCGUGCCGGAUUUGCUUCAGAUCACAGGUAAUCCCUGUUACUGGGGAGUGAUGGACCGUUACGAAGCAGAAGCCCUUCUGGAAGGGAAACCUGAAGGUACAUUUUUGCUCAGGGACUCUGCGCAGGAGGACUACCUCUUCUCUGUGAGCUUCCGUCGCUACAACAGAUCCCUGCAUGCCCGAAUUGAACAGUGGAAUCACAACUUUAGUUUUGAUGCUCACGACCCGUGUGUGUUUCACUCCUCCACUGUAACAGGACUUUUGGAACAUUACAAAGACCCCAGUUCUUGCAUGUUUUUUGAACCAUUGCUUACAAUAUCACUAAAUAGGACUUUCCCUUUUAGCCUGCAGUACAUCUGCCGUGCAGUCAUCUGCAGAUGCACUACGUAUGAUGGAAUUGAUGGGCUCCCUUUACCGUCAAUGUUACAGGAUUUUUUAAAAGAGUAUCAUUAUAAACAAAAAGUUAGAGUUCGCUGGCUAGAACGAGAACCAGUCAAGGCAAAGUAAACCCUCCUGUCCCCAAAGGGCAUUAACUAGAUCUGCUUUUAUGUGCAUCGGGCAGUACACCUCUAGCAAGCACACAUAUCAGUGUUAGGUUUUUUUCAGUACAGUAUGUAAGCUUAGUGUUAGUGUUUGUCAGGUGCAAUCUGCUGUUACUUACUCAGAUAAACGUGGUGCCUAUUGAGACAACAGAGGAUACAGCUACAGGUGUUCAGUAAGGCUACAAAAACAUUCUGCCGAUUUAGCUGACAGUUUGGUUUUUAAUGGCUGUAGUAACUGAGUGAAGCAACUCGGGGGCAUUUGCUAUGAAGAAUUCUAUUUCUUACUGAAGAACAAAUUAUUAAUAUUGGAUGAGUAUUUCAACAGUGUGACUAAUGUUUGAAAUUAUUAUUUUUUCUAAGAAUUUUUCUAUAACCUUCCAAAAGUAGUGAUGUUUGUAGUUACUAUAAAUUAAGCUUUGGAAGUCCAAAAAAUAAAGACUGCCUUCCUUUUAGAAAAAAAAUGCAAUUUUCUGGCCACAAGGGCAUAGUGCAGUUCACUUAAGUGUUGAUAUAGUUUAUAGUCAGUCUCCUUUUCUCUUCUGCAAAAGGUACUGUUAAGUAAACCAGGUUUUCUAAGUAGUAGUUCUUAAAAUUUCAGACUUAUGAAAAGUUGGUAGUAGAAUUUUAUUUAAGGCCUUAGGUAUUCAUUUUUUAAUGAGUGCUUUAACAUAACACAUUGGGAAUAGCUGCUGCAAAGUAGGCCUGCGUGUGAUUUUUUUAAGUUGACAUGUGCAGUCAAAUCGCUGAUUCAUUAAGGUUGGAUCUUUUUCUAUGCCCGUGAUAAGUUUGUGAACCGUGAAGAAAAUGAGACUAAAAGAUACCCAAACAAGUCAGAUACUACUACAGUGGUUGCUGAUUGUUGAGAUUAUUGUUAAACUGUAAUUCAUAAUUUGGAUGGCAGUAUUUAUCUCUUUGUUGUAAAGUCUCAUAGCUGAAUUGCUUAAGUACAAGUUAUAGAAUUUCAGUGCACUUAAUUUUUAAUGGAAAAUCUUAAACCUAAAUUGCUGAUUUAAAAGGUACUGUACAACCAUUGUAUCUGUAAAUAACUUUACUUAGCACCUUUUUGUCACUUAGAAUAGUAUGCAAUACUACUUGAGUGAGCUAUUUUGGAAGUAAUACCAAGUUCUAGUGUUUGCUUCUUAGUAUUGGACUGAAUUUACAGUUCCGUCCUGGACAUUUUGCACUAAAGUAGUCGAAUCCAUUCUUCUGUCUUUUUGUUAACGUGCUCUGUACCACUGGUGAGUGCUCCUUAGUUUCCUUACCUGCUGCUACAGAAAGUUGUUUUACAUCCCAAUGGCUAUCGCCAAGGCCACAAAAAAGAAAAGCUAUAUUUGUAUGCAACACUAACCCUUUGACUGCUAAUGUAUGUUUCCGCUUGCUGUGCCUUGUUACAGCUGCUUUUUUGUGCUAAUAAAGUACGUUUGGUGUUCUCCUUGUAUAUCUGCUGUUUUAUACAUUUGCAACAAUUUCUCUUGUAAAUGGAAUGGUUUGGGGUUUUUAAAUAAGCAUUACCUGACAACCUACUAUAGUUAAUGCAGAAUUACUGAACAGUCUAAUAUUGACUUAUUCUGACUAAGCUAACUCUAAAUUUAAUUCUAUACAUCUUUCCAAUCAUAAUCACAUAUACUGUGGAACAGUGUCUAUAGUUACUGCAAAUUACUGUAUAGUUUAGAUUAUAACAGAAAAUGAACAGAGAAAUACUGACUAAACCUACUGAUUUCUCUGCUUAUAAGUGAAAGAUUGAAACUAUCACUGACAUGUUAUAAUAAAUGAAUAUCUAUAGCCUCCCACUGCAUCAGAAACAAGUUACAUGAAGUCUUGUAAACUAAUAAUACAUCAGCGCCAUUUAUUGGUUUGGGGACCAUUUUAAUUAAUAAUAAAUGCCCAAAAUGUAGAACUUUAACCAAAGACUUGUCCAUUUUAAAGCAAAAUGGGGAUUGAAGGGACUUUUCCUGUUGUUUCUAAUAGAAGUCCCUGAAGAACAUAUACCAAAGUGUUUGAGAACUUCAUCCAAACCUACUUUAAAGCAUUAUGUGCAAUUAAGUUGUUAUGACAUAAUUACAUUGCAUAAUUGUUGGGUCCGUUUUCUUGAGCUUAUAAUGUACCUGGAAAAUAAACCUCUUGGGGAAAAAAAAAAGUUCAUACUGAUUAUUGGAGAAAGACUAUAUAUGCAAGCAAGAUCUUAUUUUAAAGAGGUAACUUGAAACUCCAAGAAAGCACUUGAUGUUUUAUAUGCUUGUAGCAAAUUGAUGUUUUAAUUGUAGUUUUAUAGAAAGUAUUAAUGCUUUUAUGUAUUUCAGAAAUUUCAUAUGUUAAAUGGAAAUUGUUUUAAAUGUGUAAAUAUUUGAGUUUAUGUAAGCAUGUAUGUACUGUGCUAAAAGUCACUUAUGUUUCGGUUCGUGUGUAAUAUUAAUAUGCAACUUUUGGUUUAAAAUUUUUUCUUAAACAAUUAGUGGCUUACAUUUUAAAAAAGAAAAAGCACCAGCAUGAAACUGCACCUAAGUCUAUAUUCACUGUGUCUUUUUCUGAAUCCCGUUGUAGCCUGUCAACUAAAUUUGUGUUUUCAUGGUCUUUUUGAAGUGCAUUUUGAUAAGAACUAGGAAAUUCUUUAGAAGUUUAGACACUUCAUAGUGAAGUAAUUAUAAUUUAACCCAAGGAAAGAUUGCUCUGAUUCAUAUCCAUUCUCAUUCUUACGUUCACUUAUUCAUUCAUUCACACUCCCUAUAUACAUAUGGAUAUAUAUAUAUACACAUAUAUAUAUUUAUGCUGUUAUUAAUUUCAACAUUAAUAUUGCCAUCUGAUUCAAAAUCAUGUAAAGGCCUUAUUCUAUAUAUAUACUAUCCUUGUACCAUUCAAAUUUGAUUAUCUGCACCUGAAGUUUAGUCUUACAACUAUAAUCUUGUUUGUAAUACAGUUACCUUACAAAGAGCAAGCAUUCAUUAGUAUUUUUUUUACUGGCUAAACACAGUAAAAAAAUUUUUGAAGAAACAGCUUGGUUUAAAUAUAGUUAUUAAGAGUCAUAAUUAAAUUUAUAUUUUUUAGACAAAAAUUGAGCCCAAGUGAUCAUACUCCACAAACUGAUCUGUGUUCCUGUAGUCCAUGAGAAGGUUUAUAUAAGAUUUAUCUUGAACUAUAAAAAUUGAUAUUUGAACUCUAAGCUUCAUUUUGACAAAAUUCAAAGUUUAUGAACAUUUUUAUUUGACAUUUUGAUCUGGUUGCUAUUCAUUUUCCAUCCUAAGCUUCCUUUGCUCCAUGGCACUAAAUACUAGUUUGGGAAGUUUUAUUGAGAUUGAUGUUAGAUCCCUUAUUUUUGUAGCAAAGAAAGUUAUAAAGUUCCUUUUUGGUAGAGGCAAAGAGUCUAGAGUGAGUCAGAACUCUCCUAGGAAAGAUGCAGAGUCUAUAUCCAUCUCUGGGAGUGUGUUACCACCACAAAUCACACCAGUUCCUUCAUUUAUUCUGUACCGCAACACAUAACAGUUUUACCUAGAUGAAAUUAGGUAAACAUGCACACUAAGGGCUGACUUAAAGGUGAGAAACGUUUCCAAAGGGGGCAAUGCUGUUUGGUGCAUAAAAACUUCAUAUCUAUA